AAUAAUUGAUUAAAUGGGAGUAUGAACUCUGAAAAGAGAAAUUCCUAUGAAAAAUUAUAUAAUAAUACCGGCGAUUGCAGCGAUGAUAUCCCACCGAUGAUGUACUCCGUCUCUCUAUCUACCGAUCUCUCGAAGCUCUCUCCAAACUCUCUAUCUCUCUUUUUCAAAUAACAUCCUAUCAAUCUAUCCCACUAUUUUCCUUUCUUACUCUCCAUGUUUCUCUCUCUCUCACUCUCUGGAGUAAUCCAUCGGCUGCGAUUGCACAUCGAAGAAAGCGAAGAAGGUAAAGGAUAGAGAGAAAGAUCGGUGGAGGCGGCGAAUGAACCUGUGGUCGUGAAUGACGGCCAGAAGAUAGGUUUUACCGAUUAUAUCUUUAAACUGGGCUAAAAAUGGGCUAGAUUGACCUUAUGGACUGGGCUAUGGUCUUGCCAAAAUUUUUGGGCUAAACUUCUUUUUUUAGACUUGGUUUGUAAUAAGAAAAUUAAGAAAAUUGAAAAAAAUAUUUGUAUAAAAUAAUAUUACAAAAAUUACAUUUUUAUAUUCUUUAAGUUAUUGUAUUUAUUGCAAAAUUAAAACAGAAAUUGGAAGUUGAUUGAGUCGAUGUUACAAGUGCAAGAAUAAUCGAGACUCUGAAUUUAUGGAAGAUGGCUGGAAAUGCUUUAACGUACGUGGUCAUUUAUCGUGCUUACGAAUUGGUGACUUUGGAUGAGGACUGUUUUUUGUUUGUGAUGAUUGUUCGAGACUCACAACACCCUUAAUGACACAACCGUUACACCGACGAUCUAAACGAGUGAAAAUUCCAAAAAAGAAAUAUUUCAACGAUUUUUAUGUUCUUGGUUAAGUUUUUAAAUAUUAUGUUCUGAUCUUUAGACUAAAUAUAGACAAUUAUGUUAUGUAAGAUAGUAUUAAGUUGGAACAUUUUGAAAACGUUUCCAACAUUGUUUCCAGCAUGCUUUUCGGAUGUAAUUCAAGGUUGUUAAGUAUUCGAAUGCCUAUUGUCAUUAUGAAGAAUAUUUAUUUUUGCUAAUGAAAAUCCAAAUUCAUACCACUAUUGAUUAUUACGGAGUAUUAGUUUUUAAGUUAAACAUUGUAUGCUCCAAGUUUGUAUGCCUAUUUUUAUUUUCAUAAUGUUAGUUUUUAAUUAUUAAAAUCUAAAUUUAUAGAGUUAGAUACGCUUAGAAACUAUGCUUUUUUAUUAUUAAAUUCUAAAUAUCCUAUCCUAUCCUACUUCCUACUAUAUACAAUGCUAGAAUGGUUUUGGGAACAGUGUUCCCGCUAAAAUCAUUGUGUAGUGAGUUCGGGUAUGGACCGGGUCAAGUGGACAGAUUGACGGGUAGUGAGUUCGGGUAUGGACCGGGCCAAGUGGGCUGACUGACGCCGUUGCUAGCUUGGACAUCUUCAGGUCAAAUCAUGGGUGCAUUUCUCCAUAAAGUAAAAGUAGUGUCAAAUUUCUCUCAUUGCCCAAUGUGCUUUAUGUCAAAUCCAUUUUAUUUAUACAUUUCCUAUUUUCAAGCAUUUAAUGGAUAGAUUAAUAACUUAAUUUUCCAAACUUUAUGUCAAAUCGAAAUAAAUAAAUGGCAGUGUAUUAAUAUGGAACCGCGUGCGUAGUUAUAUUGAUAAAUAGGUAAUAUAUUGAUAUGGAACUGAGUGUGUAGUAAUGAUGUUGUAUUGCUUUGAAACCGCGUGCGUAGUAAAAUUGAUGCGUGACUCAAUGCAUACUUUAUGUCAAAUCAUAUUAAAGAAAUAGAUUCACUAAAUCAAGAUAUUUAAUGAGUAGAUUGAUUGUCGAAUUAUAUGUACUAUUUAUAAUCUAAACAUUUCAUACUUCUCAUCCUAAUUCGCCCUACUUUCAAAAAAAUGUCUCAAAACAUUUAAAGAAAAAAGGAAAGCUCUCUCUCCUCCCCUAAUUGGCAAUGGACUCUCUCGCUGUACUCUCAGCGCCUCUCUAUCUCCACCGCGCAUCUCUCUCUACCCAUUUCCGCCGCCGCCGGCACGGCCUGCUCCGCCACCAACCUCUCAAGUCCCCGCCCUUCUCUCUCAAAUGCGUUAUCGAUUCUCACUCUCCCACGGCCCCGAUACCCCUCUCAGACUUUCAAUCUCAUGGCGGCAGGCCGCUCUCUGUUCAUCUCGCAUCGGCCCCGAGAAUGCCGCCCAUGCGUGGAGGCGAUGGAGACGCCUUAGGUUUACUGUUUAAGGAGAGGAUCGUCUUCUUGGGGAACGAAAUAGACGACUUCGUUGCUGAAGCUGUCAUGAGCCAGUUGCUUCUGUUAGAUUCUCAGGAUCCCGCUAAAGAUAUUAGGCUCUUCAUAAAUUGCCCCGGUGGUUCUCUAAGCGCCACAAUGGCUAUUUUGGAUGUUGUCCAGCUGGUAAGAGCUGAUGUAUCAACAGUUGCCCUUGGCAUUUCUGCUUCAACGGCUUCUUUAAUACUUGGUGCUGGCACAAAAGGGAAGCGUUAUGCAAUGCCUAAUACUCGAAUAAUGAUACAUCAACCACUUGGGGGUGCAAGUGGGAAUGCAAUUGAUGUAGAUAUUCAGGCCCGAGAGAUCACGAAUAACAAACAAAAUGUGAUAAGAAUAAUAUCCAAUUUCACUGGCCGAUCAUUGGAACAAGUUGAGAAAGAUAUUGAUAGAGAUCGCUACAUGUCUCCCAUUGAAGCAGUGGAGUAUGGCAUAAUUGAUGGAGUUAUCGAUAGAGAGAGCAUUAUACCACUUGAACCCGUCCCUGAUCGGGUUAUAGCUACACUUAGAUGCAGUGAAAUUGCUAAAGAUCCAAAGAGUUUUCUUAAUCCCGAAAUCCCUGAUGAUGAAAUUUAUUAGGCUAUGUGGCGUUCUUACAGGCCUCACAAACCACUUGAUGUGUUUGCAGACUUACCAUCAUUUGUGUUAUUGAAGAAAGCAUAUGAUGCGUUUGCAGACUUACCCGCAAUCGCGUUCUAGAUUUACUGUUGCUCAUAUAUUUCAACCCUAUCACACAAUUUCUCUUGAAAAUUUUGAAAUUGCGGUUGUUGACUCCAACAUGCUAUAAAUUUGUGUAAAAGAUAUGUCAUGCUUUCCUCUAGGAGAGGGAUUGUUCAAUGUAUGGCAGGUCAUUACUUCAAGGGGAACAUGUGUUAUUAUAUUGAUAAUUAUGUCUAUUGAAGGAUUUUAUAAAAGAUCUUCAAUUAUGCAAGCUGUGAUAAAAGAUCUAUGUUUCCUUGUUGUCCACAACUUCAAUUCUAUUUGGAAAAUAGAAACUGCCUUUGAGCUUAAGAGGCAAGUAGUCAAAACUGUUUCUUGUUCUUGAGAAAUAUAGGACAUGAUGUUAG